UCUUUGUCCAAAAAUGCUGUUGUAUGCUGAACUUUGGACAUGCCAAACAUCUCUUCUGACAUCUUCGUUUUGCUCCCCAUCACCCUUAACCAAUACCAUGCAUUUCUGGGAUUCAAAUACACAGCACAGCAGAAGAAUCUGGAGGGAUACGUGGGCUUUGCAAGCCUCCCCAACCAAGUGUACAGAAAGUCUGUGAAGCGGGGCUUUGAGUUCACCCUGAUGGUUGUGGGAGAGUCAGGGUUGGGAAAGUCCACGCUGAUAAACUCUCUGUUCCUGACGAAUCUGUACUCUGGAGAAUAUCCUGGACCUUCGCAUAGAAUCAAGAAAACAGUUCAGGUGGAGCAGUCCAAAGUGUUGAUGAAGGAGGGAGGCGUCCAGCUUCUGCUCACGAUAGUGGACACUCCAGGAUUUGGAGACGCUGUGGACAACAGCAACUGCUGGCAGCCGGUCAUUGAUCACAUCGAUAGUAAGUUUGAGGAUUAUCUGAACUCCGAGUCACGUGUGAACAGACGACUGAUGCCGGACAGCAGAGUGCACUGCUGCCUGUAUUUCAUUGCACCCUCAGGACAUGGACUGAAACCUUUGGACAUUGAGUUUAUGAAACGGUUGCAUGAGAAGGUCAACAUCAUCCCACUGAUUGCCAAAGCAGAUACCCUGACACCCGAAGAGUGCCAACAGUUCAAGAAACAGAUUAUGCGAGAAAUCCUGGAGCACAAGAUCAAAAUCUACGAGUUUCCAGAGACGGAUGAUGAGGAAGAAAAUAAGAUUGUGAAAACAAUCAAAGAUCGGUUGCCCCUGGCUGUGGUCGGAAGCAACACUAUCAUUGAGGUGAAUGACAAGAAGGUUAGAGGAAGGCAGUACCCAUGGGGAGUGGCAGAAGUUGAGAAUGGAGACCACUGUGAUUUCACACUCUUAAGGAAUAUGCUUAUCAGAACCCACAUGCAGGACCUCAAGGACGUCACAAAUAACGUCCAUUAUGAGAACUACAGAAGCAGGAAGCUUGCAGCUGUUACCUGUAAUGGAAUCGACAACAACAAAACCAAAGGCCAGCUCACCAAAGUUGACACGGUUGAAGGCAUGAGUCCUCUCGCCCAGAUGGAGGAGGAGAGAAGGGAGCAUGUGACCAAAAUGAAGAAGAUGGGAAACUCUGGAAUCUGA